CGACCGCCAUUUUUUCCACCACAGAAAUUUCUUCUCCACUCCAAUUCUCUUAUCAUCUUCUAUAUAAUUGCAUCUUCCCCACUUUUCUCUUCUCGUGCAGCCCCUUUCAAGUUUCGAUCCCCCACUUUUACCACUUUCGUCUUCCUCUUUCUCCUUCUGGGUUCUGCAAAUUCCGUUUCCCCAUCUGGGUUCUUCAAAUUUCGUUUCAAAAUCAACUACCCAUGUUUUAAUUUGAACAACUGGUGCGUUGGAAUUGAGUUCUCGAAGGAGAAAGAUCGUUGAUAUCACAAGCCAUUCUCUCGAGUUGAGGGGGUAAAACCCGGGUUCGUCAAGGUGUAGACAUCACGGCUAUACACGUGGUUUCCCGGCCGUUCAUUCAUGUCCGGGCUGUACGACGGAAGGGUUGUAUAACUCCGACAAACCCUUCGCCGCACGGCGGACGUGGUGCUUUGCCGUCCGAAGGGGGUAGUCCUUCUGAUCUUCUUUUUCUUGCCGGCGGUGGAUUCUCUUCCUUCUCCUCUUCUUCCUAUUAGCUUUUUCGACGACUCUGUUUGUUUUUAGCUCUACGAUUUAGACUUUGACUUCAGGAAGUUUCUGUUUCGCGUUUCUUUGUUUUGGGUGGGAGAUUUUGGUGUUGGGUUUGAUUUUAAUUAGAAGCAGACAAUAUGUUGAGGAUUAAGCGCGUUCCUACUGUGGUUUCUAAUUAUCAAAAGGACGAGACAGAGGAUGUCUCUCGCAAAGCAGGGUGCGGCCGGAACUGUCUGAAUAAGUGUUGCAUUGAAGGAGCCAAGAUUCCAUUAUAUGCUUUCAAGAAGCUAAACAAGAUAACUGGCUUAAAAGGCUUAUGCUGCGAAUAUGAGGACAGUGUUCCUCCUGUUGCUUUUCUUGACUCGCUGAUUCUUGGGGAGUGGGAGGACCGGAUGCAGCGGGGGCUUUUUCGCUACGAUGUCACUGCUUGUGAAACUAAGGUGAUUCCUGGAAAGUAUGGUUUCAUUGCCCAGCUGAACGAGGGGCGUCAUCUGAAGAAGAGGCCAACCGAGUUUCGAGUUGAUAAGGUUCUCCAGCCCUUUGAUGGUAACAAGUUCAACUUCACCAAGGUUGGACAAGAAGAGGUCCUCUUUCGUUUUGAAGCAAAUGAAAAUGGGAAUACACAGUUUAUUCCGAAUGCCCCUAUUGAUGUUGAAGAUUCUCCAAGCAUGGUUGCCAUUAAUGUAAGUCCUAUUGAAUAUGGGCAUGUGCUCUUAAUCCCACGUAUUCUCGAAUGCUUGCCACAAAGGAUUGAUAGAGAAAGCUUCUUGCUUGCUCUUCACAUGGCAGUGGAGGCUGGGAAUACAUACUUCAGACUUGGGUACAACAGCUUGGGUGCAUUUGCCACCAUCAAUCACCUUCACUUUCAGGCAUAUUACUUGGCGGUCCCUUUCCCUAUUGAGAAGGCUCCGACGAAGAAAAUAAUCACAUUAAAAGAUGGAGUGAUUAUCUCUGAGCUACUAAAAUAUCCUGUCAAAGGGCUUGUCUUCGAAGGCGGAAAUACUCUGCAAGCUCUAUCCAACUCGGUGUCUGAUGCCUGUGUAUGCCUUCAAGAAAACAACAUUCCUUACAAUGUCUUAAUUGCUGAUUGUGGGCAACGGAUCUUUCUUCUCCCACAGUGUUAUGCUGAGAAACAAGCACUUGGGGAAGUGAGUGCAGAGCUGCUCGACACCCAAGUGAACCCAGCUGUAUGGGAGAUAAGCGGUCACAUGGUGUUGAAGAGGAAGAAGGAUUAUGAAGAGGCAUCAGAGGAAAAUGCAUGGAGGCUCCUCGCUGAGGUAUCCCUAUCAGAAGAGAGGUUUCAAGAAGUGUGUGCUCUCAUCUUCGAAGUUAUCGAUACGGUUGAUGCUGAAAAUGCUGAAGGUAGCCCACGCAUGCCCGAGGAGCAUGAUGAUGCUUGUCUUAAGGAAGUGGAAGCCAGAAACAAGGCCUCCCGCCCACUCUCGGUGACCGGGGACGCAGGAAUGCUUAGUUUAGUUCUAUAGGAACUACAAACGUAAGGGCCUUGAUGCUUAAUUAGUACUUUUUAACUGUGUAUGGUGGAAACUUUGUGUGUGUAGUUGAAGUGGUGUUAUGAAUAAUACUUUGGUUGGAAGUUUGGCUGUACUAUUUAGUAUUUUGUUAGGACCCUGUGUUUCAUGUGUACUUUUACUAUAUCAUGUGAAAUAAUAGUUUCUGCAGUGUAUUCAAGUGGAUGAACUUUUGAUCC